GACAUCACGAUCAAGAUCAAAAUCGGGGCUCAGCUGAUCUCGGACAACCGGCAACUUCAGAAUCUUCGGUGUUUUUCCUCGUGUUCUUCCUCUCCAGGGCACGUGUUCCCCUGUCAGGACGUGGCGGUGAGGGGCGGACGGCCGGGACGCUGGGGGAGUCAUGAAGAGCCGGGAGGAGGCACAGAUGGAGGCGCUGAUGGGGGAGAGCAACAGCAAAAGUGUUCAGCGUGGCGGGCGUGGUAUUGGCCUGGUACUGGUGGGUGUGACGGGCGGUGCAGCGCUGGCUCUCAGCAUCAUAGCAGCUCCUUUCAUCACACCAGCCCUCAGGAAGGUGUGUCUGCCAUAUGUCCCAGCCACGAGUCAGCAGGUGAGGAAUGUGCUGGCUGGCCUUAAAGGACGCUCUGGCCGACUGGUGGACCUGGGCAGCGGCGACGGCAGAAUAGUGGUGGCAGCGGCACGCGAGGCCCAUUUGAAAAGUGUUGGGGUGGAGCUGAACCCAUGGCUGGUGUGGUACUCUCGGUGGGCAGCCUGGCGGGGUGGAGUGGUGACCUCCACCUCUUUUAUCACCAAAAACCUGUGGCACUUUGACCUGCGGGAUUACCAGAACAUCGUCAUCUUCGGGGUGGAGGAGAUGAUGGCAGACCUUGAGGCAAAACUGUCCCAAGAGUUGAUGACUGAUGGCCUGGUCAUUGCUUGCCGCUUCCCUCUUCCAUCCUGGACACCCACCGCCACCAUAGGGCAAGGUAUAGACAAGGUAUGGCUCUACCAUAGGCCACACCAAGACUGGAUGCCACCCCAGGCCACACCUAACCUGAAAGGCCCAUCAGAAACUACCUCCUCAGAAGCACAUCGGCUGAGAUAGCAUUCCUUGCUCUCACCCCUCCAUCUCUCUCAUUUUGGGUGCUGGGAGUGUGUCUGAUUGGCCUUCAAUCUAUGUAUUGCUGAGCGUCAGUAGAGCUUCAGCAGUACCACCCAUACCACCCACCUCCUUGCACACCUGAGGGCCAGCCUUAGUGGAGGGCAGCAGGAUGUGUUUGUAGUAAGACAGGCACAACUUGUCAUACUCCAUAUCAGCGAAGGUGUGUGGGGCCAAGACAGCACAGCCCUGAAUGGGUGAAGAAAGUACUCAGCACAAGAAGUGUCCCUGCCUACAGGGGACAAGUAUAACGUCUCUUCUAGAUAAUGUGUCCACUAAGGGAAGAUUACAUUCUUAUAUAAACUGUCCAUUGUAUACAUUCAAAUGGCUUACUAUGAAAUAUACAGUGGCAAAAAAUGUAUUGAACACUCAUGGGUCCUUGAAAUAGAAUUUGAGUGUUAAUCUACAGACAGUGUUGUGUUAGGUGGAUACAAAAGCUAGUCUACCCAUUGGUACCCACUAAACUGACACAUCACUCUGUAGAUUUCACUCAGAAUCUAUUCCAAAGACCCAUGAGUGUUUGAUGCUUUUUUUGCUGACUGUACAUUGCAUACACAGCCAUUCAAGUGUAUAUGCUGGAAAGGGUAUACAAAAAUAUAGUCUUCCCUGUGGACACUCAUUAUCAAGGAGAUGAUUUGUCCAGUGUUUUUGUUAGAGGGGUGUAAUUUAGGCCAUUAGGAACAUGGACGUAUUGAAAGAGCAUAGGAGUAGAGCAGGAUCUUUAUUUAUCUAGUGAAUGUAUGCCAUGAAUUCAUAAGCAUUUGCAUUGCACCCCUGCAAUUAUGCCCCAGGGCCCAUACUUAUAAAGACAUAAGCCGUUUGACUUAUGUCUUGUCUCAGAGGCGAGUGUGCACCAUAGCUAGGGCUCCAGCCGCCACGGGUAAUGGGGAACGUAAAGUUGCCAACAAUGGUGAGAUCAGUUAUCUCAUAUGAAAAUUAAUGGGUAAGAAUACCUUAAAAUGGUGAAAGUAUUGAAUAGAAGUACAUCAUAUCUGUUAUAAUAGGGUUUUGUAAGGCUAUAGUGAGCAUUUGAAUGUAAAAUGAUUUUGAUGAGGCACGCUGGCUGACUAGCAAUACCCGGCAAUGUUUACAUUUGAAUGUCAAACAUCAGACGAGACCCAGGAUUUAUGCCUGCCCGGGACCAACUUUAGCUACUCGCACCGCGAGGUGUUAGCUUUAGAAGUAUGGGCCCAGGAAGUCCCCAGGCUCUGGUGUGGUGUAAUGAGCUGUCUGCCUAUCUUGAACUGUUCCCCCUGAUCUGCACAUGUGUGAGCUGUCUUGGUCUUAUUUAUAAACAUUUCUCUCACUGCAUUAAGUUCUUUAAUGGUUAUAAUAGGCUUGCCUGUUUUAUAUGAUUUUCCUGCCGUCUCCUGAGAGUUCCCUUCCGAUUCUCCAUCAGGUUCAAUGGAUACAUGCCAAUUAAUGGGCAACAUCUAGAGCCCAUUUCACCCUUGAACUCUCGGGAGACAAGGAAAAUCAUAAGAUAAUAGGUAAGCUCAUUAUAAGCUAUCAAAUGACUUAUUGCAGUGAAGGAAUUAUGUUUGUAAACAAAACUUGCACAUGCGCAGAUAAGGGGGGACAGCUCACCACACCACACCAGGGCUCCUGCAGAUAGGGCAGCAGCUUCCUUGUCUCCAUUCUUCCUUCUGAAACAAGACACCAGUUGGACGAGUUCUGUGAACUUGUUUAAGGAGUCACAUCUACAGUUAAUCAACGUAUGCUUGUAAUCAUGCUGGUUUUAGGAUAUGUAUAGUCUACUCAUUUUUAAUAUUUCAGUAAGCCAUGUACCCUUAUCUGACAACAUAUAAUGCAACAGUUAUCUCUGGAAUCUGAGACACUACAUAGUCAACGGGCCUAUUUGUAGCUGGGUAUUUUGAUGCUUAUUAACUUCACAAUUUUAAUUUUCUCAAUUUCAAGGGGCAGAGGGGUGAUAGCUAUUUUUCAAUGCCAAUGUGCAGAGAAUUUGACAUUGACUGCCAUAGCUUCAUUAUGCCCAAAUAUAAACAAAUCAUGUUAUUGGACAUGUCUUUCAUAUUAUUUUACAUUGCUAUGUCAAUCAAUGUCAAAUUCCCUUUACAAAUUGACAUGUAAUAAUAGCUAUCACCCAUCUGCCCCUUGAAGUUAAAAAAUUUAAAAUUAUGGUGCUAAUAGGUAUCAAAAUGCCCUACCAUCUCUUCUCUUGUCUGUGUACCGUUGUCUCCCCUGCCUCCCAUCAGUCACCAUCAACCUCUCCCUCUUGCAAUGUUCAAUGGUUACAGUGUAUGGCAGAGCUGAGGUAGCUAAUACUUUUAGGUUCCUAGUGUAAUAGCCUGAUGACAGACGAAUGUAAUAGAUGACCAAUAGGAAAAAUGUAAAACAUUUCCGUAGCUUACUAGGUGAUUCUGUGGUUACUUGACAUUCAUAUGAAUGUUUUAUUGGGAUGAGUUAUAACUAAACUAACCCAAUUAGGAUGAAGGUGGUGGAAACAGAGCAGAUAAGUUGAUUGCGUCAAAUUAUAUGAAUAAAUCACUAGAUUUGCUGGCUGAGGUGGUCUAGUGGGUUAGUGUGUAAAACCCAGGAAGUGAAGAGCCAGAGCCAGGCAGUUUGAACCCCAGUGCUGCCGCAUGACCCCUGAAAAGGCAUACAGUCUUAAAUCCUGAGCUACAAUCUCAAAACAGCGACCCCAAAUACAAGGUGUCAAGUUUUUCCUCAUCAAAUAGACAAUGUGACUUUGCAGUAACUAUGGCAGACUGCUCAAGAAAUAUCCUUAAGUAAAAACACUUUCAUGGUGAAAUAUUUAGUUCUCUUGCUGAAAUCAACAUAUCUUUGUUGUUUGUACCACAUUGAUGCAAGAAAGGUUAUUACAAUGUUCUCCAUGAAAUAUGUGUAUAAAUAAAAACUGACCAUAUAAUGGCCUAAUAUAUAUAUAUAUAUAUAUAUAUAUAUAUAUAUAUAUAUAUAUAUAUAUAUAUAUAUAUAUAUAUAUAUAUAUAUAUAUAUAUAUAUAUAUGGUAUGGUAUGGUAUGGCGCCUAGGAAUGAUACCCCCCCAGAUCUCAGUGAAUCUUAGAAAGGGCGCAAUUUAGGUCCUAAGCCCCCCCCUCCACUUGAUGGGAGGGAGGGCGACAGCAGUACACAGACACAGUAGGACACAUCACACAAACGAAUAUUCAAGUCCAUGACCUCAAAUCUCUUCAUAUGAAAUCUUUACCUCAGCUUUGCUAUACUUUGCAUAAAAUUUGAGAACACAGUAAUGAAGGUAGCUUUGUCUGAGAAUCCUUACUUAACUCUUGACUUGAUUUGAUAGUUGUGUUAAAUUCAGUUAUAAUGAAACUUGGUAUACAGUUUUCAACUAUUCUCCUUCCUCUUGCUCUAAUUAUCACACAGCUUUUCUUUACCUUUUGGAAAUCAGUUUCCAUAUAAAAAAAUGGAAAUCAGUUUCCAUAUAAAAAAAAAGUCAUGAGUAGACAUGUAAAAUAAAUGCAGACUAACAAGUAUUAGAAUUGCACAGAUAUUAAAAGAUCUAAUCAGCUCUUACCAUUUGGUAAGAUACAGCUGAGCCAGAUAUUUGCUAACACUGAGGAGAGUGUGGCUUACCGAGAUAUUAGGAAUAAAAAACUAUAACCUAUGCCACAACACAUUCUCUACCUAAUACCUGAAGACGACCACCAUACACACCUGGAAUAUAAUGACACCAGCACCUCAUCCAUGGCCCUGGGAUUGGUGGCAUCAUGUGUUGGCAUCACCCCCUGUGUUCCUUGUCUUCACGGCCAUCCAUCACUGCAUCCUGAAAUGUACAGUUUAUAUAAAACAAAAGGAAAUA